AUUGCAACAUGGCGGAAAGAUAUACCAUCAAUAUGAUCACUCCAGAUACUAAAAAUUGGACCUGUAAAGUCCAAGUUGUUGAUAAAAGUCGACCAAGGGAUAACAAAGAUAAAACCACAAAAUAUCAAGUCUUAAUUCUGCAAGAUGAAGAGGAGAAUCAAGUUCAGGCCACCAUUUUCAUUACUGAUAUAACAUAUUUUGAAAAAGAAUUAGCUCCUUUCAAGACUUACUUGGUAUCUGUUGCACAUGUGAAAGUCCCACCUCUUGGAUACGAAAAUCCACUUAACAAAUUCAUUUGGACACUCGACAAAAACACCAUUGUUGAACCAAUUGAAGAGGUCAAACCUUCAGAGGAUCCGUUACCACCACCAACACGAUUGACUCUUGCUAAAUUUGACACUUUUGAGUAUCAACCCAAAGAAUUUGAAUUUGAUGUACUUGCCCUUGUCAUUAAUGACAGACCUUCAAUAAAGACAACAACUGGAAAGCGACUUCAAGAGUUCAUUGUCAUGGAGAGACUGAAAAAACCAACAAAACUGACACUUUGGGAGGAUUUUAUUGAUCAUGAGAUGGCGAGGAAUCGUACAUCGGCAAGUGGUGGUCAGGAUCCUAUUCCUGCGCCUGCUUCUGGGUACACUAUCCGAGGUAGAGGUAGGGGACGAGCUCGAGGUCGGGGUAGGGGCCGAUUGCAGCACCUGUGGAUGGUCAAGUACCAAUAG